UCGCGCCACUGGAGCCGGAGCGGGAGACGCGCCCGGGACCGAGUGGGGCCAUGGCGCAGCAAGGCGCUCGUCGCUGCUGCCUGGGCUGGGAUUUCAGCACGCAGCAGGUGAAAGUCGUCGCUGUUGACGGGGAGCUGAACGUGUUCUAUGAGGACAGCGUGCAUUUUGACAAAGACCUUCCGGAAUUUCGGACGCAGGGCGGUGUUCACGUGCACGGGGAUGGGCUGACGGUCACCUCUCCGGUCCUGAUGUGGGUGCAGGCUUUGGACAUCCUCCUGGAGAAGAUGAAGGCUUCGGGAUUUGAGUUCUCUCAGGUGGUAGCCCUGUCCGGGGCAGGCCAGCAACAUGGAAGCGUGUACUGGAAGACUGGGGCCAGCCAGACCCUGAGUCGCCUGUCACCCAACCUCUCACUGCACCAGCAGCUGCAGGCGUGCUUCUCGGUCAGCGACUGCCCCGUGUGGAUGGAUUCCAGCACCACAGCCCAGUGCCAGAGGCUGGAGGCCGCCGUGGGUGGGCCCCAGGCUCUCAGCUGUCUCACAGGGUCCCGCGCCUAUGAGCGGUUCACUGGAAACCAGAUCGCCAAGGUUUACCAGCAGGACCCUGAGGCCUACAGGCAGACCGAGAGGAUCUCCCUGGUCAGCAGUUUUGCCGCUUCCCUCUUCCUGGGCUCUUACUCUCCUAUCGACUACAGCGAUGGCUCUGGAAUGAACCUGUUGCAGAUCCAGGACAAAGCUUGGUCCCAGACUUGCCUCAGCGCCUGUGCGCCUCACCUGGAGGAGAAGCUGGGGCCGGCCGUGCCGUCCUGCUGCAUUGUGGGAGCCGUGUCACGCUACUACACACAGCGCUACGGCUUUCCUCCUGAUUGCAAAGUGGUUGCCUUCACUGGGGACAACCCAGCAUCGCUGGCAGGCAUGAAGCUGGAGGAAGGUGACAUUGCGGUCAGCUUGGGUACCAGUGACACCCUGUUCCUCUGGUUGCCCAAGCCCAGCCCUGCUCUGGAAGGCCACAUCUUCUGUAACCCAGUGGACCCCCAGCAGUACAUGGCGCUCUUGUGCUUUAAGAACGGCUCCCUGAUGAGAGAGAAGAUCCGUGAAGAGUCUGCCUCCCGUUCCUGGAGCGAGUUCUCCAGGGCGCUGCAGUCCACAGAGAUGGGCAACGGUGGACAGCUAGGUUUUUAUUUUGAUGUCAUGGAGAUCACCCCUGACAUUAUGGGACGUUACAGGUUCAACGCAGAAGACCAUGAGGUCUCGGCCUUCCCCGGGAGUGUGGAAAUUCGAGCUCUAAUCGAAGGACAGUUCAUGGCCAAGAGGAUCCACGCCGAAGGCCUGGGCUACCGAGUCUUGCCCAAAACCAAGAUUUUGGCCACCGGUGGGGCCUCCCACAACAAAGACAUCCUGCAGGUCCUCGCGGACGUAUUUGGUGCCCCGGUGUAUGUCAUAGACACUGCCAACUCAGCCUGUGUGGGCUCUGCGUACCGAGCAUUUCAUGGCCUUGCGGGUGGCACAGACGUACCCUUCUCGGAGAUCGUGAAGUUAGCCCCAAAUCCCAGACUGGCUGCUGCCCCAAACCCAGGAGCCACUCAGGUCUACGAGGCCCUCCUCCCCCGGUACGCCAAACUUGAGCAGAAAAUCCUAUCCCAGACCCGGUCUGCGGAAUGAGAUCCCCGAGCCCAGGAACCUCAUUGCCCCUGCUGCUUGGGGGGUCACAGUCUUGUUUGGUGCUGUGGUGCAGGUGGCAGGACCUUCAUUCCACACCUGAGCAGUUCUGCUUGCCAGUGCCAAUUUGUGGCAGGCACUUCAGCCCUGUCCAGGACGCCCUAAAGCUGACUGCCGCCCCUCAUCCUGGAGCUGGACAGCUGUCUGUGUCCCAGAUGUGAAAGGU